UUUGCUUCCCGUACCCGAAUCCGCCAUAAUAGAAUUUCCGUUUGAAGUAGUUAAAACAUUUUAGGUUUGGGGGCGCAAUACUUUAUCCUAUUAAUUGAGAGAACUAGUUAUCAUACAAAGAGUAUCAUUCUACUACUGAACGACCGAAUGCUAGCAACAUUAUCCAGAGUUCGGCUCCGGCUACUUCAUAGAAGACAUUUGGGACUUACAUGUCUGUUGGCAGAGAGAGAACUCACCUUGAAGGUUCCAAGCAAGUAUGUCAGCACCUCUGCUCCACUGCAGGCUAAAGCCAGAACAAACGCAAAGAAAAGGGAGUUAUCCGAAAAGAAGCUGACCCACUACUUUGUAGACCACCGACGUGUACGGCUGGUGGCCGGUUCAGGUGGGAAAGGAGCCUGCAGCUUUCACAGCGAGCCUCGGAAAGAGUGGGGUGGACCAGACGGAGGAAACGGUGGUGAUGGAGGGAGCAUCUUCAUAAAGGCUGAUCGGGUUGUGAAGUCUCUGGUUCAAGUAGUCCCUGUGUACAAAGCAGAAGAUGGGCAAUCAGGGGGCAAUAAGAACUGUUAUGGUCGAAAUGGUCGCCCAUCAUUUAUUUCUGUUCCAAUUGGCACUGUGGUGAAGGAGCAGGGUAGGAUGCUUGUAGAUCUUUCUGAGCAUGGCCAGGAGUAUAUGGCUGUGUUUGGAGGAGCUGGAGGAAAGGGGAACAGGUUUUUUCUGUCCAAUGAGAACCGCGCUCCUGUGACUGCAACCCAAGGAAGUGAGGGCGAGGAGAUAGUUCUUCAUCUAGAGUUGCGCACUAUGGCCCAUGCUGGACUGGUUGGGUUUCCAAAUGCUGGAAAAUCUUCUUUGCUGAGAGCCAUCUCCAACGCCAGGCCUGCUGUAGCUCCUUAUCCUUUCACAACACUCAACCCUCAUGUUGGAAUUGUCAAGUACAGAGAUCACGAGCAAGUUGCAGUUGCUGACAUCCCAGGCAUCAUUCGAGGAGCGCAUCAAAAUCGAGGCCUGGGCGUCUCUUUUCUGCGACACAUCGAACGCUGCCGGUUCCUCCUCUUUGUGGUGGACUUGUCGUCCCCUGAGCCCUGGACCCAGCUCCAGCACCUGCGCUAUGAACUAGACCAGUAUGAGCCUGGGCUCUCUCAGCGACCUCAUGUCAUCGUCGCCAACAAAAUAGACUUACCCGAAACCCGGGAAAAGUUCCGGACUUUGAAGAGCCGUGUGACUCAAAGAGUCAUUCCUGUGUCAGCGGUCACUGGACACAACACAGAGGAGCUCAUUCUCCACCUUAGAGAGCUGUAUGACGGCUAUCUCCAUGGAGACGGUAGCACAGAGGAAGGAAAGCCUACAAGAUGGUAAUAAGUAAUUGUUUAUUUUUAAUAAACAUAAAACACUUUCCCAUUGUUUUGUGAAUAGAUGCUAUGUUUUUAAAUCAUAUUCCUUUAUUGUAGGUGAGUUUACAAAAUUGAAAAUUGUGCAACAAACUGGUUCACAGAUCAUUAACAAGUUAAUUCCUAAUUAUUUACAUACUAGACUGAAUUUAAUAAUUUUAAAAGCAGAUUUUCUGACUGUCAUACAGUUUGGACUGACAGUAUUUACUUGACCGCUUGGGGGCAGUAUCGGACAAACUGCUCCAAAACAAUUGUUAGUUUUCCUUCUAAGAGUAGUGUGUAAUGGAAAUGAAAUAAUACAUGUGAUUUUGUGUUUAUGUUUAACUAAAUAAAGUAGUCCAGAUGUAGUUUUUUUUUUUACAAUUUCAGUAUAUUUUCAGAAACAAAUGACAGGAAUAUGAAUGUAAAAUAAUCCAAAUUAUGUUUAAUUCUUAUUGUUGAAUUUCAAAAUCUGUCAAAAAUGUUGGUGACGUUUUUGCAUUUUUUUUAAGCCAGACAAACAGGAGUGGACGAUACUAGGAAUUUUGAUAUUGAAUAAAUAUAAUAUACAGACAAAACUGUCAAUUAGAUGAAAGUGUCCUUUCAACAGGUGGCCCACAGGCCACAUUUGGCCUGCCAAAGUCUAAUUUUAACACCAAACAUGACCCAAAAAAUGAAAUCAUGCAUAAUCAUUAAUGAAGGUUAUGUAUUGUAAAGAGACUGCAUAGCUUAAUAAACAAUGAAGAGUUCAAAUCUAAGUCAGGUUGAGCGAUUACAUGUACCAUUAUUGUUUUAUUUUUUA